CUAUCACUACACCUGUCUCCAUUAUCACGGACAGUCCGGGUGGGGAGGACUGCAUGACGAAGAGGGGAAUAUGCAGACGUGCAUGGCAUGGGCACAUCCUGCACCUCUUCACCUUCACAACCACGGCUUAUUAUUAUUGAUUCGGCUCCAAUGCCAGGAUUUAUUCAGUCAAGUACAGCAAAGUAUAUCGUAAUCCCAACCCCUUCGCUGCUCACUCAUCAUCAUCGGCCAAAAAAAAAAAAAAAAAAAGGAAAAGGAAAAAACAAAAAUAAGAAAAGCAAAGAAAUCACAAUCCUCAGAUCCUUUGUACGCCGGAAAAUGCCGAAUCAGUCGGGUCUUCGGUUGAUAUCGCAGAUUUUGAUGGUAGAGAAGGAUGGGAAGCAAAUUCAAAGGGGGAAAAAAAAAAGAAAAGAAAAACACCGGAAGACGAGAAAGGGAAUUAUCAUGAUAUAGAGAGGCGGGGGUGAGGAAAGAGAGGAGGAAAAUGAAAAGAAAAAGAAAUUCAACUGAUGUACACGGAUGGUAUUCCUUGUUCUCUCUCUCUCUCACCGCACGGACACUCCAGACCGGUUGGUAAACAUGCGAGCGGCAAUGUUCAUCGAGGCCAGCUCUU